AUGCGCUAUGCCACUAAAACCGUCUCAUUAUUCCUUUGUGUACUUCUAUUUUGUGUUGGUUUAUUAUGUUGGAACCGGAUGGGUUAUUUCAACAAAUAUGAAUUUCAACCUAGCAGUCACUGCUAUUUACCAGCUUGGAACCAGAUAUACACAAAUACUGUUACCGGUUCUUUGUUGAAUACCUUUUCUCAGUGGAUAUGGAUGAAAUUGGAACUUUCGAAAGAAAACAACCAAAACUACACAUCUAUCAAUAUCUUGGGAGCCUAUGUCUACCCUGACCAAAUUUCCAUAUCUCUAACUUCUCAGUAUACAGUUCAACAAAAUCUAUUCUGUCGUUACUAUGACUGUAAACGGACUGAAAUUCCUGAAAUCUCAUAUCGAAGUGUUGUUUUUCCGGAAUCCGUUUUACAUUGUCCUAGAAGAAUCGGAGCUGAGUUUGUGUCAAUUUCCAGAAGCUUGGAUGAUGAAGAAGAAAUUCCAGAACCUGUUAGGUUAACGUUCAGGUCGUUUGAAAACCCAUUACACGAUCUUACUGUCUGCGUAGCUCCGUUGUAUGGUAACGAGUCAAAAUGGCUUCAAAUCGUGGAAUUUGUGGAGCAUAUGAAGCUGGAGGGCGCAGCUUUUGUGUAUUUUUAUGUGGGAGUAAUAUCAGAUUAUGAUCGUAAAAUAUUGACUGACUAUGUUCGAACCGGAGAUGUAGAAGUGAUUGAUCUACACGACAAAUAUGAAAGACCCUAUUACGCAUGGCACCUAAUUACUAUUCAGGACUGCCAUCUGCGUGCUAAGUAUCACUCUAAAUGGGUGUCCUUUUUGGAUCUAGAUGAAAGAAUAUCAGGAACUAAAAAUCAAAGUCUUAUCGAACUUCUAAAUGGACAAGAUUCCAAUGUUGGGGAGAUUCAAAUUCCAGUUUUGAAUAUAGUCAAAUAUGAUGACAUGCCAGAAGAAUUUGAUAACGUUGUAAAGUUAAAAGAGGAUAUGAUGUUCCGGAAGUGGACAGAUUCGAUUGAUCCAACUUGGAAUGCAUCGAAAGCUAUAGUUAAGCCAGAAAAGCACUCACAUCGAGCACAUCUCAAUGAUUGGCAACUGGUCACUCAAGCCGAUGGGUCUUUACUAAAAGUCACUAAACGACCACUGGAAUCAGAAUUUGCCGAAAAGUUGACAAAUGCAAUAAUCAAACGGGUCCUAAAUGUUUACGAUAGAGUUCCAGUGAAAUGUGACAGGAUAGCACGAUAUCUAUGGGAAUCUCGAAAUUUUCCAAAUCCAUGUGAAUCUAUGUCACCUGUGUUUUAA